AUGGGUUACUUGCAAAAGUUGUUGUCGGCAUUGGCAGUUCUCACAUCCUUUGCUGCUGCUGAUGGCCAAUAUCGGUCACGUAGUGACCUCGCGCCACCAAAAUUGAACAUCACCAUUCCUGCCUCGGACGCCAAUGGUACUGAAUACGUCUUUGUUACCCCUUAUGCGGGUACCCUCCAGCAACCGGCAGCAUACAUUUAUCGCAAAAAUGGGGAUCUGAUUUGGUCUAGCAUUGGCUACUAUGCUGGAUUCGUCGCCAACCUCCAUCCUACCACGUACCAUGGAGAGACCGUCCUCCAGGCUUACCAAGGUACCAUCGAUGAAACUCACGGUGAAGGCUGGGGUCAAUUCGUUCUGUUAAACAAAAAUUACAAACAUGUGGUCACAGCCAAGGCAGCAAAUCAUCGCAUUCCCUCUAUUCAUGAGUUCAAUGUGAUUAAUGGCAAAACGGCCCUUAUUGAGAUUUAUAUUCCCACCCUCGCCAAUCUGUCGGCCUAUGGAGGGAACUCUUCUCAGCAGUGGAUUGGAAAUGGGCUUUUCCAAGAGUUUGAUAUUAGUACUGGCGAGUUAAUAUUCGAGUGGAAUGCGUUGGACCACAUUGAUCCUGCAUACAGUUUAGUGACACUGGAUUCUUCGACAGUCUACAGCGGCCUGUCUUCUGCGGAAUCCUGGGAUUUCAUUCAUAUCAACAGCGUCGAUAAGAAUGAAGAAGGUGAUUACCUUGUCUCCUCUCGUCACCUAAGCACCAUCUUCAAGAUCAAUGGCACCGAUGGGUCCAUUAUAUGGCGUCUGGGGGGUAAUUCAUCCACUUUCUCACACGGCUUUACCUUCGGUUUCCAGCACUAUGCCCGCUGGGUGUCUCAGUCUACAGAUAACGAGGUCGAAGUGAUUUCAUUUUUUGACAACUCUGGUGACGGAACCAUUACCUUCAAUAAUGUCUCUCGAGCUCUGGUUGUACAACUAAACAAAACAGACGACACUGCCACCAUACUACGGAAGGCUACUGCUCCAUAUAGCCUGCAAGCGGCUUCUCAGGGUAAUGCCCAGCUGCUCGCUAAUGGGAAUUUAUUUGUUGGGUGGGGUUCUGCCGGCGCUUACUCGGAGUUUAACACCGAGAACGAGGUGAUAUACCAUGCUUUCAUCGAAGACGGUAUCAGCUAUCGUGCCUUUGCUGCCAAUUGGACUGGUAUCUCGACUGAAACACCCGCCAUCAGUGCUUUCACGGAUGAGACUGCCAAUGCUACCCAUUUGUUUGUUUCAUGGAAUGGCGACACCGAAACCCAGAGCUGGAGGUUUUUUGCUGCGGAUGGAGACGCUAGCUCACUUGUCGCUGACGUGAGCCGGGUCUCUUUUGAGACUUCGUUUGUGUGGAACAAGAUUGACCAUUCGGCUACCUUUUAUGUUGAAGCGAUUGGAUAUGAUGGCGAUGUUCUAGGAAAGGCUGGCCCUAUCACGGCAUCCAAGUGGGUCGCGCUUGAUUCUGCUUGA